AUGGCUGUCCCGGCUCCUUUAAUCCCUCCGACCCAGCUGGUGCCCCCUCAGCCGCCCAUCUCCACUUCAGCCGCCUGCACCACCACCACCAGCACCAGCACCUCCUCCGCUGCCUCUCCCCCGGCCAGCGCGCCUUCCACGGCGGCCUCGGCAGUAGCAGCCUCUUCGGGGACAAACCUAUUCCGCCCGGAGCCUGUCGUAGCGGCGGCGGUAGCGGCGGCGGCGGCAACAGCCACCUCCAGCAACGGAGGCGGGGAGAGCAAUUGCAACGCCAGUUUGGGCACCGGCAGCGCUUCCAGCAGCGGCGGCGGCGGCGGAGCCUCCAACGUAGGCGGCGGCGGCGGCGGCGGCUCCUCUACCCCCAGCGCCGGCACUUCAGGCAGCGUGCCGGGCAAGCCGGUGUACUCGACCCCUUCGCCGGUGGAGAACACGCCUCAGAACAACGAGUGCAAGAUGGUGGACCUGCGGGGAGCCAAGGUGGCCUCCUUCACGGUGGAGGGCUGCGAGCUCAUCUGCCUGCCGCAGGCGUUCGACCUCUUCCUCAAGCACUUGGUGGGCGGCUUGCACACGGUCUACACCAAACUCAAGCGCCUGGAGAUCACGCCCGUCGUGUGCAACGUGGAGCAGGUCCGGAUCCUCAGGGGCUUGGGCGCCAUCCAGCCUGGCGUCAACCGCUGCAAGCUCAUCUCCAGGAAGGAUUUCGAGACCCUUUACAACGACUGCACCAACGCAAGUUCCAGACCUGGACGGCCUCCUAAGCGGACUCAAAGUGUCACCUCUCCAGAGAAUUCUCACAUCAUGCCGCAUUCUGUCCCUGGUCUCAUGUCUCCUGGAAUCAUCCCACCAACAGGUUUGACAGCUGCAGCUGCAGCAGCAGCAGCUGCCACCAAUGCAGCCAUUGCAGAAGCAAUGAAGGUGAAAAAAAUUAAAUUAGAAGCUAUGUCGAAUUAUCAUGCCAGUAAUAAUCAGCAUGGAGCAGAGUCUGAGAAUGGGGAUCUGAAUUCUAGUGUGGGCUUGGAGCUUCCUUUUAUGAUGAUGCCCCAUCCUCUUAUUCCUGUCAGCUUGCCACCAGCAUCGGUCACGAUGGCAAUGAGCCAAAUGAACCACCUUAGCACGAUUGCAAACAUGGCCGCCGCAGCACAAGUGCAGAGCCCUCCCUCAAGAGUUGAGACGUCUGUAAUUAAGGAACGAGUUCCAGACAGCCCUUCCCCUGCUCCAUCCCUUGAAGAGGGCCGACGGCCUGGUAGCCAUCCAUCAUCUCAUCGUAGCAGCAGCGUAUCCAGCUCCCCUGCCCGAACUGAAAGUUCCUCAGACAGAAUCCCGGUCCAUCAGAAUGGUCUGUCCAUGAACCAGAUGUUGAUGGGGUUAUCGCCGAAUGUCCUACCUGGUCCAAAAGAAGGUGACUUGGCUGGCCAUGAUAGUGGACAUGAUUCAAAAAGAAUGCACAUGGAGAAAGAUGAGACCUCGCUCUCCACACCAACCGCAAGAGACAGCCUUGACAAACUUUCGCUAACUGGGCAUGGGCAGCCAUUACCUCCGGGUUUUCCAUCUCCUUUUCUAUUUCCUGAUGGAUUGUCCUCCAUAGAAACCCUUCUGACUAACAUCCAGGGCCUGCUAAAGGUUGCCAUAGACAAUGCUCGUGCUCAAGAGAAGCAAGUCCAACUGGAAAAGACAGAGCUGAAAAUGGAACUGUUCAGAGAACGAGAACUGAGGGAAACUCUUGAAAAACAGUUGGCGGUGGAGCAAAAGAACAGAGCAAUAAUUCAGAAAAGGUUAAAGAAAGAAAAGAAAGCCAAGAGGAAAUUACAGGAAGCACUUGAAUUUGAGACAAAGAGGCGAGAACAAGCAGAACAGACACUGAAACAGGCAGCUUCCACAGAUAAUCUCAGGGUCCUAAAUGACUCUCUGACCCCAGAGAUAGAAGCUGACCGCAGUGGGGGCAGAACAGAUGCUGAAAGGACAAUACAAGAAGUGACCGGAAUGCAGUGCUUUAGAAAUUCAGGUUCAGUGAUUAUGGAAGACUUUAUUUGAAAACGACUGUAAUGUACUGAACUUAUCCAGCUGAAGAAACGCGUGCUACAGUUCAAAGAACUCUGCAGUAAGACAUUCACCAUUUCGGAAGUUCUGCAAAAACAAAGGUGCUUUCCAGGCAACUUGGCCACUUCAUGUAUCCAUAUUGCAGAAGUUUUGUGCUUUCUGCAAGAGCAUCCUCCAUUGGUUUCUUGAGGCUUCUCCCUGUGUUGCAGAGAAUGUUUCUACAACUUAUGUAGCACUCUUCUUAACAGCCAGCUAAAAAGAAAUUUGCUGUUGGACACCUCCUUGUACAGACCUGCCAGAGCAGGACCACGCAUUCCCUUUUUGAUGGAAUAAAAACUGUGUCCUCCUCUGAUUCUUUGAGCACAUCAAACAAACUUUCCACAGUAUCCACCUCUGUACGUAAAGACUAUUAAUGCCAUAUGUAAACCAGCAAGACAGUAGAGGAGUGAAACUUUCUAAAGGGGCAUAAGAAGAUUCCUAGAAACACAAACUAGGAACAGACCAAUUUUAAAAAUUACACCUGUUCCACCCUUACCCCCUCAAAUUCUAGGAGAGAGUAUUGUUUCCCUUAAAGACAUGUUUUUCCCACAUACUUUCCAAGAGAUCAACACAAUGGCAUGUUACAGAAGUCUAAUCAAUUUUAUCUUGGAAAAAAGAAGUACAGAACGUAAACAACGUGAUUUUACUGUUUGCAGUAGUCUCUUUCUUUCAAUAAAUAAAAAAAUAAAAACUUGGUUAUCAUUUCUCACUCUAAAGUGGCAGUAUUUUGGGAGGGGGAAUGACAGGAUGUUGCUUUUUACUGAAACCGUUGGUCAUAUGUACAGUAUAUAACCACAAAUCACACAAAGAAGGUAUUAUGUAUGCAGUAGAAUACUAGAUUUUAGGAAAACAACAAUUUUAGAUAAUACGUUUUGUCACCCUGUUGGUCCAAACGACACCUUUCUAAUUUUAACGCAUGCAGGCAUGUAAAUAUUUGUCCUGAAGUCACAGUAUUAAUGAACGGGAUCUUAAGCUUCUGGGGAUGGCAGCCACUUUUAUUUGUAUAUUGGUCAGUGCUGUGAAACAGCACUUUUAAGAGUGGAUUGUGGCUUAAGAGAAAGUUGACCCGCCAGAAAUAUUUUUAUAUGUUAAUGUCAUAUUACUUCGGCAGUGCUGGGGAGGAAACACGCUACCCCAGAGGCUAAACAGACACUUGAUGUAUCAGUCCAAUACCACGUAGAGCUAAGUGAUGAAGUUGAAGUCUUUUGUCCUUCCUAACCUACCUACCUUGACUUAGGCAAGGCAGGUUAUGUGUUAUUUUUACUGUCUUUAUAAAUGCUAUGAUAUCCAUUCUCCACCUUUGUGCUCAUAACUGGAAGCAAACUGCAACACAGUGCUUAUUACAUCAUAAAUUCUCUUCUUUGCUCUGCAUACUUUUCCAAGUUACCCCUUUGAAGACUACUUUGAAGAUAAGUAUUAUCAUAUGUGAUCGUGCUUCGUUUAUCUGUAAUGUUUUAUGCCUAUACAAUAUGCAUUGUUCAAUGAAAAUAUAUCCGGAGGUAAUUCUGAUUGUCAAAACAAUAUCUGUGUCCAAAUUUUGAUAAUUCUAUUUUUAAAACUCACCCACUCAAUGUUUAUAAUUUGUUGCUUUUACCCAAAACAGUGUUUCAGAACCAGGACAGGGUGGAUGGAGGGGGAGUGACCUAUAUUGGGGUCAUCAUGAUUAG